AAUUAAAAAAAAUAUUUAAUUUUUUAAAUAAAAAAACCAAACAAACAAAAACACAUCAUGUCUGCCGCCACAGAACAACAAAAUAACGGUGAUGUCGCUGUUGAGAAAGUUGCCGCCGAUGCAGUUAAAGAAGAUUUAAAAUCAAAGAAACCUGCCGUUGCCGAUAGCAAACCCGCGGCGGCUGAUAAUGGCACAGCGUCAAAGGAUGAAGUCAAUGAUGAGGAUGAUGCCGCACCCGCUAAAGAACAAGUCAAAGGAACAAAACGGCCUGCCGAAGCUAAAAAUUCUGAAUCAAAGAAAGCCAAGAAAGACAAACCAGUUGAUGGUGAUUCGGAUGAUGAAGAAGUAAUAGAUGAAGAGGGCAAUGAAGGUGACAGUGAUAUCGAAAGUGACGAAUACGAUAUCCCAUACGAUGGUGAAGAAGAUGACAUAGAAUGUGAAGAUGAAGAUGAUGAAAAUGAUGAUGGUUCGGGUUCUGAUGAUCAAGCGUAAUAAUAAUAUAGUAGUCAAAACCUUUUAAAUUAAUAAUUAUUGAAAA